GAGCGCUAGGAGAGAGUUGGUGUCCUGGAGGUCAUAGGUGGCACAUAGCUCUUUCCAGAACUCGGGAGCGGAGGAGGGGGUAAUUUCGCGUUUGAGGGAGGAAGGAACGCAUGCAGACAGGAUAGCGAGACAUUUGCGGUUGGCAACGUUCCAGGCAGAGUGGCGACGACGGAGGAGAGGAGGAGAGGGGAGGGGGGGGGGGGGGGGGGGGGGGGGGGGGGGGGGGGGGGGGGGGGGGGGGGGGGGGGGGGGGGGGGGGGGGGGGGGGGGGGGGGGGGGGGGGGAGGGGGGGGGGGGGAGGGAGGGGGGAGGGGAGGGGGAGGGGGGGGGGGGGGGGGGAGAAGAAGACGGGUAUCUCUGCACGUUCUUCGCCUGUGACGUGCUCGCGCUCUUCCCCUGGGACACCUUCUUCCAGCUGGCAGGAGGGGAAGGUGAUGACAACCUGCUGCGAUGGUUUUUAUGGACCAGAGUUGUGAGGACACGCCAUGUGAUGAACUACUUCCACCGGUUGCAGAGGGACAUCCGGCUGAGCUACUUCGCGGUGCGUGUGGUGAAGCUCAUAUUCGUGGAGCUCUACAUCACCCACGUGGCCGGCUGCUUCUUCUACUUCCUCGCCACCACCUACCCGCCCGACCAGGAAGGCAGCACGUGGAUCGGCAGCCUCACUCUGGGGGACCUGCAGUACACGGACUUCCGAGACAUUGACCUGUACACGCGGUACUUCACUGCGCUCUACUGGUCCGUCAUCACCAUGGCCACUAUUGGCUACGGCGACGUGCAUCCAGUGAACCCGCGGGAAAUGGUGUUCGCCAUGGUCUACAUCUCCUUCGACCUCGUCCUCUCCGCCUACCUCGUUGGCAACAUCACGGCAAUGGUGGUGAAGGGGUCCAACACGACGCGGUACCGCGAGAAGAUGUCAGCGCUGAUCAAGUACAUGAAUAGGAAACCACCUGCCGCAUGCGCUGCGGCAGCAGAUGAGACAGCACGUGCGGCUGCAGUUUGAGACGGAGCAGGUGGAGGACGAGCGCACUGUCGAGGCCUGCUACCUCUUCGACGGGUGCUCUGGGGAGUGCAUUAACCAGAUCGU